AGCGCACCCUUCUACUUCGAAAACAAAAACAUGUUCAAUGUCGUUGAAUCUGUAGCGAUGUGUUUAGUGGUACUUGUAAAAGAAUAAUUAAAAUUACAAAAUAAAAAUGAUAAGCGUUCAAGUAAGUACUGCUUCUGGUGUAAGGCAAAUCUUUACUACCGAAACUCCAUUUAAAAUUCAUGAGUUACGUGACCGAUUUGAAGGAUUGAGAGAUAAUUUUUACUUUGUACAUAAUGGAAAACUUGUGGAUGAAAACAUCACUUGCUACAAUGGCUACAUAUCUAUCGUUCCACGAUUAUUUGGUGGAAAAGGAGGUUUCGGUUCGAUGUUACGUGCAAUUGGUGCCCAGAUUGAGAAAACAACAAACCGUGAAGCUUGCAGAGAUUUAAGCGGUCGUAGACUUCGUGAUAUUAACGAAGAGAAACGAUUAAAAGCUUGGAUCGAAAAACAAGGAAAUCGGGAAAAAGAAGCGGAGGAACGGAAAAAGAAGAAACUAGAAAGACUUUGCGCCGAACCUAGACACGAAUUUAAAGAUCAAACUUACGAACGCGAAAGAUCAGUUUUAACUGAGAGAGUUGGAGAUGCAGUCGAGGAAGGAUUUAAAGCUGCCACUACUGGAGUGAAAAGAAAGCUCGAUGAAGAUUUUAAACCCAAUAAAAAGAAAAUAUUAUUAGACCCUGACAUAGAUUCAGAUGAACUAAAUAGUUCAGAUGAUAGCGAAGAAGAUGAAAGUAAGUCCAAUGAGGUAAAUAAAGGGACUGAACCAGCAUCAAACGAUAGUGGACAUUCCAGUGAUGAAAGUGGAAAAACUGCUAAAAGUAAUGAGAACUCGGAAGCAAAGUCUGAGAAUUAAUGAUACAUCUAUUUUAAAUUAAAUUAAAAUGUACCAAUGGAUGCCUUAAACGAUCCAUAUAUCUUCUCUGAUACAAUAAAAGUUUUAACUAUCGA